AUGACUUCGGAAGCACCUGAAUUUCAUACAACAAUUCAAUCACCACUCUCUCCACUUCCGGUUCACCUCCCUAAUCCAUCCGACAUCCUUGUUCUUCGAAAUCAAAUUGAUCCGACUUUCAACAUGACAACGACCCAUGAACCAUCCGAGGUCCCCUUGGUGAUUCCGGAGACUAUCGAAUUCACAAUGGAUCCUGAGGCAAUUGAUUCUUCGCCUUCCGAUACUCGGUUUUCGGAUGCAUAUGAUGAGAAGGAUGAGGAUACAACAGUAGUGAAAACUGAGGAGGCGGAUGAAAGCGAUGAUUAUGCCAUGACAUUUGACUCUGAUGGAGAAGAACAUUCAGAUAGUCACGAUCAAUCACAGGCAGUUGACCAAGAGUCGAACAGUCUCUCUAACACAGUGCCAACGAGCGAAUUGCCUACUUCUUUUGCCAACGGUCGAUCUGUCACAUUUGAUUCCCAGAAUGGCCCAGAAACCCAAUCCGCCCCUACCAUCCCUUCUCUUAAUAUCCCCUCGAUUUUUCAGUCCACAGCUGCCCCAAGCUCUGAUCAUUCUCCAAGUCCCACUAUCAAGACGGAACCCACAAACUCUGAGGAUUCAAAUGGAGAGAUAGACAUCCAGCAGCUCUUGGACAAUAUUACUGCCAAUGCCGAGAUUAAUGCACUAGCUGCCCGCCCAAAUUCUUCCUCUUCUAGCAAUGCCCCUCCAAAAGGUAGCUCAAGUCUGCCUACCCAUGCAAGCCUUCCCCCCCGUCCACAAAUUACACAAAUCCCCAAACGUCCCAAUUAUACUUCUUUCGAUGAUCCCCAUAAGUACAAUGUUGGAGGUUCAGGUUAUUCGCACCAGCCCAAUUUCUAUAAUCAUCCUGGUGUAACACCAUCAUUAGUUGCAGCCGGUGCUCCUGGCACCGCUACUGAUUCCCGAUAUGGACUUCCCCCGCCCCCUUCUGUUUCUUUCAAUCAUUCCCAUCAAGACGCGAACAGCCCAGAACAUUAUCUACAAUCCCAACGCAUGCCAUCUGUCCUAUCCUCUGAUGGACAUGAUAAUGAUGACAGACCUUGGGGACCAGCAGUUCAGAAAAUUUAUGAUGAAUUUCUUGACAGAGAACGAACAUAUGUCACCGAGGGGCUUUGGGAACGAUUCCCAAAAGGCUCAAGAUUGUUCAUCGGUAACCUUCCUUCGGAAAAACUUACCAAACGGGAUUUAUUCCAUGUUUUUCACAAGUAUGGCGAACUUGCCCAGAUAUCGAUCAAACAAGCAUUUGGCUUUGUUCAGUUUCAUGAUUCUGGAGCUUGUUAUAACGCACUCGAGACGGAGCAGGGUAAGGAAGUUAGGGGUCGCAAGAUGCACCUCGAAAUUUCCAAGGCGCAGAAGAACACGCGAAAGGACCAUACUGUAGGUCAAUCCUGGAGACGGUCUCAAACUCCCGAACAUACUAGGGGAAGCACGUCAGGUCGUAAUCGGAACACCCAGUUUGAAGCCCGUGGCUCUGGCUACAACCAUAAUGAUCGCCAUAGAUCACAACAGCAGCAUGGAAAUCAGAAUGGAAAUCAGCAUGGAAACCAGCAUGGAAGUCAGCAUGGAAGUCAGCAUGGAAACCAGCAUGGAAACCAGCAUGGAAACCAGCAUGGAAAUCAGCGGACACGCGAUGACUAUCGACCGGGUAGAUCGCCAUCGCCAGGUCGAGGUUAUAGAGGCAGAGACGAAUACAGAUCUACUCGUAACAAUGACUCGUACGACAGUAGAGAUAGACGUCGUUCACGAUCUCCCUUUUCAGGCGCACAUCGUGGCAGCUAUCGAGAGAGAAGCCCAAGUCCGAGAACUCGUGAAGUUACUGAAGAUGGUACACUUCAAAUCCCUCGACGCGACCCUUCAAUGGUUCCUGAUGUCCAGAUCAUUCUCAUGGCGGAGUUAGACCGAGGAUUUGUCUCCUGGGUUGAGGGAGAACUGCGUGGACGAGGUGUCAAAACCGAAGUCAUGUUCCUUAGCCCUCGACUCCCUCUUCAAGCUGUCGUUCGUAGACAGAUCCUUGAAGGUGUCAUCGCUGUUUCUCAACUCGAUAUGAGAUCUCAAAACGCCAGUAAAAUACCCCUCCAAGUGUUUGAUCGCUCAGGUGGCAUCAAUGCCAUUCGAUUCGAUGAAUAUCAAGAUCUGGAACCUAAAAUUGCUGCCGAGCUUGUUGUACGUGCGAAAACUACAACUCAAAGACCCCAGUACCCGCCAAAUCCAACUCCAGCAUACCAAGCACCAGCGACCGCGUCAGUAGCACAAUCAAACCCAAAUCUUGCAAAUAUUAUGGGACAGUUGGAUAAUCCCACUUUGCAGAAGUUGCUGGGUACUUUGAACAACAUGCCUAUGCAACAAAAUGCACCAGCUGUGGCAUCAAACUCGGCAGUCGACCUUAUGAGUUUGUUGGGUGGUUAUGCACCACAACAGCAAGUACCCCAACAGAUUUAUCAGCAACCAAUGCUACAAACAGCAGCCGACACCUACGACAAUUAUAAAAAUAGCUCUGUAUAUGGACAGCCAGCUGCACAACAAAAUGGACAAGACGCACAGCAGGUUCAGGCUAUCAUGGCUCAAUUGGCCAGAUAUAGACAGUAA